UUGACAGUGACAUAUAAUAAUAGAAUGUGAUUGAAACUACUGUUUAUUAUUUUUUUCAAAACGAUUGACUAUUAAAAAGGUAUUGCUGAUAAAAUAAAAUUUUAGUAAUAUUAGUUAUAAUCUAGUUUUGAAUUCAAUGUACCAAUCUUAACUGAUAUAAAAAAAUCAUUUGUCAUUUUGCAUCAUUUGAUUGGCAAGAACCCAGAAUACCAUUAUCGGAAGUUGAGAGAAAAAGUACGCAUUUACUAAGUACAAGAUAAAACAUCGAUUUCAGAACUGUUUAUCAAGAAAUUUAAAAAAAAUUGUGAUUUAGAAUAAGGAAGAAAUCUACUCAAGACUUAACCUUGACUGACAGCUAAAUAAAAAAGGUCUCAUGAAAGUAUGGAGGACACGAGUGACAUAGAAAUGUCCCUUGAUGACGCAUCUAAUGUGAAGGCAUUUACUUCAAAAGUAGUGCAAAAAUGGAGAGAAAAUUUGGAGAAAGGUUUCCUUACUUCGUUACACUUUGAAGAACUGUGGAAGGUGUGGGUACCAAAAAUAUACAGCCCUUUGCUUAAUGAGAGUUGUUUGAAUUGGAAUUUUAACGAGGAGUUGGCUCAGGAGAUUCUUAUCAACACGUUAGAUGAGUUCAUAUGUAAUGGCGAUCCGAAUGUUGUGUUUAAGCAACUUAGCGAAAUGGAUAAAGCACCUUCAGUUUGCGGUAGGGUGUUCAAAUUUGGAGAGCCAACUUACUCCUGCAGGGAAUGCGGCAUGGACAAAACCUGUGUCCUUUGUGUGGAGUGCUUUAAGAACUCAGAACAUCGCCAUCACAAAUACAAGAUGGGCACAUCUUGCGGAGGAGGUUGCUGCGACUGUGGCGAUGUGGAGGCAUGGAAGAGAGAUCCGUUUUGCAAGAUACACAUCGCUGGGAUAUCCGAAGAAGAGCAGAAGAAAGGUCUUCCGGAAGACCUAAUAGAACGUACUCGAAUCGUCUUCGAAGCCGUACUUUGGUAUGCGUAUCGCCUACUGAGUACCGAACAAAUCUCUGAUAUAAGACUAGGAGGUGGUUCCGACAACUUCUUUGAUAUUGACACGUACUGCACCAUCUUGUACAAUGACGAGAUUCACACUUUCGAGCAGGUCAUUAAUACGUUGGCGAGAGUUUUGAAAUGUAACCAGAGAAGCUCUACGGAAUUCGUUACGAAUAUAGAUCGCGAGGGACGAGCUGUUGUGAAAUGCUCUAGUUUCCAGCACUGCUCGGAUUUGAAGCAGGAGAUCGAGAAGUACACCUCUAGGCACGGGAAUAAACCUUUAAAAGUACUGGUUAACCACGCCCACGUGAUCGCUCAUCAGAUAUGCGCCAUGAAGCUUUUAACGUGGUUGGAAAAGUUUCUAUCGCACGGGGAGGGUUUUAGGAAAAUCUUCGCCGACGUCGCUCUGAAACCACAAACUAUGGAGCCUUGCAUAAUCAAGGGAAUCUUGCAACGCGAUUCCACCCUGUGGAAGAGCGCCAGGACGCAAUGGCACAGACUGCUUAUUUCUGGAAUGUUGCUCGAAUACGAAAAUAAGAAAUCGCUGGCUAAAAUAUUCACGAAGAACUACGGCCAGGUCAUGAAGGACUUCAUCAAGGACGAUCAUGAUCAUACAUAUUCCAUUUCUUCCCUUUACGUUCAGUUAUUCACCGUUCCUACGCUUGCCCAUCAUCUGAUAGCCAAUGACGACGUAUUGUACAUACUUCUGAAUACGCUCAUUUCCGAGUGUAGCAGGAAGUGCAAUAAGGCGGGAAAACUUGAAUUUGAGAGGAUUCCGUCAAGCCAGUCAUUUAAGAGGGCCCUUUAUAUGUUGUACGAUUUAAGGUAUUUGCUGAGCGCAAUACCGGAGCAGUGGACCGACGAGUUGCGGAGGAGUUUCUUGCAUGGGUUGUCCAUGAUGUUGAACCUACUAACUAUGAUGCAAGGUAUGGACGCAGUUACCCGACAGGUAGGACAACACAUGGAAUACGAACCCGAAUGGGAAUCCGGUUUUAAUCUCCAUAUCAAACUAGCAUAUUGCAUAUCUCUGGCAACAGAAUGGUGCGGCACUGACAAAAUAGUGCUCGUAAAAGCCUAUCGCUCUGUCUUGAAAAAGCUCGUAGAAAAUCCGUGCUACGAACCAAACGAAGCGGGAGAAGUUCGCGAAUUAGCAGAUCACAGUACGGCCUGUUUACACUACGAUGUUUCUUCAAAGCCGGUUUCGAUUCACUUACCCCUAACACGUUUUUUUGCCGCUCUGCACUUGUAUCUGGAGAAGUUUAACUUACAUUUUGACGAUCCGGAAUUCCAAGUCUCCAAACCAACACCCGUUCAAAUCAUCGAACCGGUACUAAGGGGACAGGUAAUGAUAGCUCAAGUCCACGCGGGAAUGUGGAGAAGGAACGGAUAUGCCUUAUUGAACACCUUAUUUUUUUAUCACAACGUUAAAUGUAGGACGGAAAUGUUGGAUCGGGACAUAACUUUACUUCAAAUAGGUGCUUCUCUUAUAGAAAGUAACGAGUUCCUGAUCCACGUUUUAAAUAAAUUUAAUUUAAUCAACUGGGCCAUGCCAGACUUUGAAUUCAACAGUUUGAAAUCGCCCGAGGAAGACAGCAUGAGACAAACGGUGUAUUUGGUAGAGGAACUCCUGCACUUACUUAUAAUUGUAAUAGGUGAGCGGUACAUGCCAGGCGUAAGCAAAGUUACGGUGGAAGAUCGAAUAAGAAAGGAAAUCAUUCAGCAUCUCUGCAUAAAACCGUUACCGCACUCCGAACUCAUCAAAACUAUACCGGAUGACCUGACAUCGCACGAGGUAGCUGUGGACGAAGUAAUCCAGGAAUUGGCGGUGUUUAAAAAGCCCACACACGGAAGUGGAAAGGGCGUGUAUGAGCUUAAAGAACAAUACUUUGAUAAAUUCAACGUAUUCUUCUAUCACUACACUCGCGAGGAACUGUCGAAAGCUGAAGAAUCUCAGCGAAAGCGGCGCAAAGCUAAAGGCGAACUAGAGUGCUGUCCGCCACCAAAGUUACCCAAGCUAAACGAAUCCUUUAGCCUCUUAGUCAAUUUACUACAAUGCGACGUAAUGUUACACAUCAUGCAAACCAUCUUAGAGCGGUUUAUAAAUUUAAGAACCAGAAGCUCCUCCGAGUCUCAACUACACAAAGUUUUACACCUCAUCGGCUACGCCCUGCUAGAAGAAGAGUCUAAGAACUAUCCUUUCUUCAGGUUCAUCGAAAACGCGUCAAAGUUUAAGAUAUUCCAUUUGCUGGAGGAACUGCUCAAAUGUCCGAGAGUCGACGCACAUAAAGGCCUUUUAAGGUGGACCCUAAACAAGUAUAAACAAAUAGCCGACAAAAGAGACAGCGAUUGUUCGAUGCUCCAUAAAGAACCUUCGACCUCGGAAAAGGGAGACAGCGAGAAGGAAAGAAGGGCGAAAAUGGCAGCAGAAAGGAGGGUGAAAAUUAUGGCCCAAAUGCAAGCGAUGCAGAACAAUUUUAUAAAAGAAAACGCCAGUCUGUUUGAAGAAACCAGCACGGAGAGGAAGUCUAGAACUUCCAGUAACAUCGAGAUUAUGGACGUGACGGAAUCCAACGAACGGCAACCCGUAGCUCUCGGUAAUAACCAGUCGCAAAGGAUAAGUACAGAAAAAACGUUUACCUGUAUCCUAUGCCAGGAAGAAGAGAAAGUAACAGCCGACGGUCCAACUCUAGUACUGGCUGCUUUCGUGCAACAAGCCACUGUCCUGUGCCAACACAGAAACAAUGAGAUACUGAUGGACAUUACCAAACACGACCCGUUGUACCUUCACGCAAAUCUGGGACCGGCGCCGCAUACGAGUACGUGCGGGCACGUUAUGCACAGCGACUGUUGGAGGAAGUACUUUGAUAAUAUAAUGGUGAGAGAACACCGCAGACCGUAUAGGCUGCGACACCCUGCUAGUUUCGACGUGGACAAACAAGAAUUUCUGUGCCCCCUGUGCGAAUGUUUAAGUAACACUGUACUGCCUUUAAUUCCGUCAUUAGGCAGCCUGCAGCCACCUUCAAAAACAAACGAUCUGUCCUUCGAGCACUGGCUAGACGCCACCGGCAUAGUCUUGAAUAAGAAAUUGAAAGUCUGCCACGGUAUAUUCAAGUGCAAUCUCACGGAGGAAUGUGAAAACAUACAUUGCAACGCGUGCAUAAACGCCUCGAAUGGAACAAACAUCGAGCCGGAUUCUGGAGACGAUUGCGAGGUCAACUGCGUCCUGCAGCCUCAUCAGGUGUUUUACUCGUGCCCACUCACAUUUGUAUCUGGCUGUUUACCAAAGAAAUACCUGGAACUGUUUCCCACGGAGUACCCGGAGCUCAGCGUGAAUCUGAAAGAAAUGAUCCAAGUUUUCGCGCAGGUGGCAUAUACUAGAGGCUUAAACGUCAAUCCCCAUCCAUCCGACAAAAGACUGGCGCCCAUGACGUGGAAAUCACUAGCUUAUACGAUUCAUUCGAUAGAAGUGCUCCUGAGAGACGCAAAUAAGCCUUUAUUGGGACAUCUGUCGAGCAGGCAGAGGGACUGCAUAGAAAGCCUAGUACGGAUCGUGGCGGUUUUAGGCAGUACCUGGUCGCGAAGUGUCGUUAUUAGUAGCCACGCUUUAAAUUUAUUGUCGAUUCUCUUCGAACACGUGAACGAAGGGCCUUCGAUACUCCAGUGGGACUCCUUAGGAUUUCUAGUUAGCUUAAGUUUUUCAUUACCUAGUCUCUCGUGCAAAGACGCCCCUACUCCUGUCCCCUCGGGAAGUAAUUUAAAUUUAUACACCCUUCGUGUUAUAUUUAUUUGCCAUAUAACAAAAAUACUCAUUUUAAUGAAAACCGAAGAUCUGGAGGAUUCUAUGGACACGGAUUUAAACGAGGACGAGGAAAUCCUGGAGGUUCUGAAAAUAAUGGGUAAAUACAGAGAAGGUUUAAGCGGGCACGCCGUUUGGAAGUAUGUUCAGUACGCUACGUUACCCUUUCUACGGUGCUGCGUGUUAUUCUACCACUACCUGACGGACAUAACAGCCCCCACGACCCUAACCGAGCUGGGGGGUGAUACGUUCAGCAACAUGUGUGCUUACUUGGAUUUAACGCAGCAUCCCAAAGGUCUCUUCAACUCUUCCCGAGUAAUGACCCUGAUAAAACGGUGGUGCAGUCACGAAGAAGUGGCCAGUUAUCUAAGCGGAACUCCUCUUCAAGUCAUCCACGAGCCUCUACCUGUGAACCAUCUCAUAGAUCUACCCGCGGACUACAGUGAACUAAUAAAUACCGUCUCAACGUUUACCUGCCCGAAUAGCGACGAGGACUCGAGGAAUCCCUGCAUGUGCCUCGUCUGCGGCGAGAUCCUCUGCUCUCAGAGUUACUGUUGUCAAACGGAGUUGAAUAAGAUGCCUGUAGGAGCUUGCAAUUUCCACGCGAGUAAAUGCGGGGCCGGGAUAGGUAUAUUCCUGCGUGUUCGGGAAUGUGAAAUACUGUUCUUGGCCGCACCACAUAGAGGCUGUUUCGUGUCCCCGCCCUACCUGGACGAUUACGGGGAGACCGAUCAAGGCUUGCGGAGAGGGAAUCCGUUGAGAUUAUGCCCCGAGAGGUAUAAGAAACUGCAGACGCUUUGGUUAAGUCACAGUAUACACGAGGAAAUCGCUAGGUCCAUAGAAACUAGUACCCAUAUCGUAGCCACCCAGUGGCACCUUUUGUAGGUCUCGUUUGAACAUUGUGAUUCUACUGUAAAUUACAAAUUUAACACUAACGUUGAUUAGUCUUAUGUGCAGCAAGCAUCCAUAUAAUACCUUAUCUAUUACACUGCACUUGUUGAUUUUUGUCUAUAUUAGGUUGUGUAGUAGCGUACUUAAGCAGUUUUCUUAAUAUAUUUGAAGAAGCUCUCAUAUACUACGUUUAUUAUAAAAAUAUUUAUUUAUUCUCUCAGAGUAAAUAAAACAAAAAACUGUUGUAUUAUAUGUAAU